AUGACAAUACACAGACGUAAUAAAAUGAGGCACAGCAGUUCUUGGCCCGAUCGAGCACCGCAAAAAGUGAAGGUGCGCGUUGAUCCCUUAUCUCGUGCCUUUACAAUUAUCCCAACGAGCCGCGAGACGGUAUAUCGAUUGGAACAAACUGCACCGCGAUCUAAUUGCCUGGAAGAAGUCAUCCUUCUAGAUCGAUGUGCCCCAGGAGGAGUCACGUCCGUGAUGAUAAAACGAAGAUUAAUCGACGGAAGGCCAUCUAUAAAUAAGAAACCCGCGAAUUUCUCUGAGAAUUCGUCCGAUGUGACUAACGAGACGAAGAUCAUAAAAAAUACCAGUCGAUAUUUCAUGCCGCGCAGUCUUUCUUUAAUCGAGACAACUGCAACUCAUCAAAACUCGGUCAUUGUGUUAGAAGAAAACAUCGUCCGAAAUCCAUUGAAAUGUAAAUCGGACUCGCUCGAAAAGAUUAAUAAUGAAACAAGGACGCGAGAUAUGAAAAGAAACUCCAUCUCGAGAACUACAUCAGAUAUAGACUUUUCAAAGUUGCUUUCGAAAAAUGUGCAUGUCGAGGAAGGAAAGGAAGUAUCCGCACAACUGAAAAAUAAAUCUCCUUCAUUCGCAGAAACGAAUGCUUUUGAUGUCAUAGUAAAUAUUGCAAAUGAAAGUCAACACACAGUGAGCAUCGCGCAAACAAAUCAUUCACAAACGCGAGAAACAGAUGAGAUGAGGAAAAAAUAUCAAACUCUCGUUUCGCCCACAUCCUCAGCGAGACACACAUCUUCGCCACCGCAUAUCAAGGUGGUGGACUAUGACGAUUAUGUGACAUCCAUGUCAUUUUCAUCGAAGAAUGAUCUUCAUGCCUGUCCAAAGUGCACGUCCGAGGGUGUCCUUCGCUCGCAGAUCGAUCCUUUUCGUUCCCCUUCGCAGAACAAGAAAAACGAUGCUACGAACGCGCGUAGCGUUCGAAGCGAUCUGAUCGCACGCGAAAAAAUGGAAAUCGAGAAGCAUCAAAGCAAAGAUACCUGGUACGCGGACCGCCUAAUCGGGGAAGCAAGAAACGUGGAUAAAAAUAGCAAAAAACUGCAGCAACAAAGAAAAAAUUACGAUUUAUCGCCGAUGCGACCGGCAAUGGACUUCAGAAAGGAGGCUACUUUGAGACGGCAUUAUUACCCCGAGGGAGGUUGGGGAUAUGUCAUUGUCACGUGUUCAGUAUUGGUGCAUUUCAUCGGGGUGGGUCUGCAACUCGCCGCGCCCGGAUGCUGGCAUAUAACAGCCGAAUUGCAGUUCCGACAUCCCCCGUUACACAGUGCAGGUAUGAAAUUUGAUAUUCUUAAUGCAUCGGAAAUUAAUUUUAUCUAA